CCAUAACCCCGCCUUCGUUGUGACAACGACAAAUGCUUAAACUGGAAAAGGUGUUGAAUUAUAACGAUAUCAAAUACUAUUACAUAUUUAUGGCAGAGAGAUGUUAAAUUAAUUCGGGUAUUUAAUGUCCAGUUGGUUUGUAAAUAUUCUAGCGAAGCCUUAGUGCCACAAAAUGAUGUAUAUAAAUUGAAGCUAGAAGUUAGGCUAAUUAGCUAAUGCAAAGCUAAAGUUACUGAAUUGUAAUUAUAAUGGCUAAUCAAAGAACGUCCAGUGCCAUUGAUAGCCUCCUCUGCCGAAUUGCCAAUGAAGUUCGUGUGCUUUCUCAGGAGAAGAAUGUCCUUGAUCGAGAGGUUGAAGUUCUUAAAGCAAACAUUGCAGAAAGGAGGGAUUAUAUUGAAACAACUCGCACACAUAUCAAGAAACUGGAAGAGGAUGCUGAUGUGAAACACAACACUUUGAAACACAACAAGACAAUUGGAAAAGGCCUGAAUGUGACUCAGUGCUUGCUCCAACAGUAUGAGCGAACUGUGAGAGCAGAAUUGGAGAGCGCAAAAGCCAGUUAUGUCAAUGAAAAGGCAGUCUUCAAAGAAAAGAUUACAAAAUGCAGGAAGCAGUUUCAGGAUCAUCAGAAAUCAUUUAGACAAAGGUUUCAGGCACAAGAUGACACAAAGAGUCCAAUUGUGGUCUCUCAAGAUGACGUGCCAGUCAAACCCAAAGAAGGGGGCGGAGCCUAUGUCAAUGAUUCUGGUGUUCCUCGUUCCUUCUCAGAGAAAGGACCAGAUAGUGACCCUCACCUCCAGCCCACCACAGAAGCAGACAUGGAAAUGGAAGGUUCACCUGUGAAGGAUUCCAUGGUUGUCAUCACCGCUGUGAGUGUCAGUGAGACCAAGUACGACAAACAGAGACAUCUGACCGGUCCAGAAAACUCUGAGAACACUGAGGAAAUGGACGCACAAAGCCAGGCUUGGGAAUCGUCUUCCAGUGGUGCUGAUGAAACUAGAGGCAAUGAGCAACAUGUGAGGGCAAAAGCUCAUCAGGGACCAGAUAAGAUGCCCAGAGAGGAAGAGGACGACCAGGAGGUCAAAGUAUUACGCCAACUGUCAGUUGUGCCUGAGGAAGAGGAGGCAGCACAGGCACAAAUGGAGGAGGGAGGCCCAGCACAGGAAGAGGAGAGGGCACCACAGGAACAUGGUGCCCCUUUGCCACAGCACUGUCAACAAACACAAGCUCAGUCCUUCACUGUGCCUGGAACGCCAACAUUCAACUUUAACUUUAGCCCAAUACGCUCCCCAGUUGCGGGACCAUCUGGUAGCAAAUCUCCAGCCUCCAUGUUCUCGCUCAGCUCUGCUCCCAGCACCCUAGGCUACUCCGGUUUCGGCUUCGAUGGGGUCUCCUCCCAUGAUGAGGAUCUAUCGUUCGUAUUCAGCAGCUCCGAGAAAAACCAGAAGACUAAAUCAGACGGCCUGGAUUUCCUGUUCAACCAGCCGGAACAAAGCGACGACUUCCAGUUCACCUUCCCCGCCGAGAGCUCAGCGGAUAACAAGGAAAACAGCAGUAGCGACUUUCCCUUUUCAUUUAAGUUCUGAGAGAUAUUCACGUUUUGCAUUUGCUUCUCGGUACAAAGUUGAGAAACAUGUUCCAAGAAUGUUUAUCUUAAAUGGCCAAAUUUGUGUUCUAUGGUGUGGCUUUUGUUUGCAUGUUUUAAAGCCUUGAAAAAAAUUCUCUGCUAAUUGAUUACUUGAAUCUCAUAAUAUUACAUUUCAGAUUUAUGACUGUUAUGGUUUGAUUUAGUUUUUUAAAGCAUGUCUUCAAACUCUUGUAAUCCUAUUUAAAAUAUAAUAACAGUCUCAUAACUACUCUUAUUUUCAUAGCUUAACAUUUUUUUCUGUUACAUUACAAUUUUUUUUUUUUAAAUGA